AUGGCCGGCAACCCACGGAAAGGCUCUGGAGCCUCCGAGGCCGACUUCUUCGAUAUCCCCGACGAGCCUAUAUUUGCGAUAGUCAAACGGCAACUGAGACGGAUCCGGACCUGGAUAACCAUUUUUGUAUUCGUCCUCUUUAUCCUCUUUCUCCGACGAGAAUCUCCUCCCUCUCCAGCCCUCCCUCACAUCAAUUACGACCUGGUGGAUUGGUCUCGUUACGCGUAUAGUCAAUAUGCGACCUCUAGCCCGUACCUGUGCAAUGCAGUUAUGGUCUUUGAUGCCCUAGAGCGACUCGGAAGUCGAGCGCAACGAGUUCUAUUUUAUCCGAAGGAUUGGGACGUGAUUGUGGAGAGCGACCAUCGUCGGGACAGCCAGUUGCUGCGGUUAGCACAGGAGAAAUACAAGGCACUCCUAAUACCGAUAGAGGUGGAGAUGAUCAAACCAGACGCAGGUCCCGGUGAACCAUGGGAGAAGAGCAUCUCGAAGCUGCUCGCUUUUGGCGAGAUUGAGUACGAGCGGGUCAUCCAUCUCGAUUCUGAUAUCCUCCUUCUCCAGAAUAUGGACGAACUGUUCUUCCUUCCGCAUACACCCGUCGCCAUGCCCCGUGCGUACUGGCUUCUCCCAGAGCGAAAAAUUCUCUCCUCCCUCCUCAUCGUCAUCGAACCUUCAUAUCGUCGAUACAAAACCCUUCUGGAUGCGGCGCUCGGCAUCCAAGCCAGCAGCGGCGGAACCGAGCAUGAGAGCGCACGCGUCAAAUAUGACAUGGAACUCCUCAACGAAUUCUACGGAGAUUCCGCGCUGGUCCUGCCACACCGACAGUAUGGGUUAAUUUCAGGCGAGUUCCGAUCGGAGAACCACACUGCGUUCUUCGGAGGCGAGGACGAAGUCUGGGAUCCCGACAAGGUUCUCGCAGAGGCUAAAUUCGUACACUUUUCGGAUUGGCCCCUGCCGAAACCCUGGGUUAUGUGGCCGCAUCAGAUGCUCGGGGAUAUCCUGCCGAAAUGCAAGAAUAAUCCGGGCACCCUGCGCGAGAGUGGCUGCCGCGAUAGAACAGUCUGGAUGCAGCUGUAUGACGAUUUCCGGGUUAAACGGCGGGAUGUCUGUAAACUUUUGAGUUACCCUGCUCCCAACUGGCCUCCUGGAAGCGAUUCCUCCCCAAAGGAAGAACCCCUGGAUAGCAAGCCGGAAGCGUAG